AUGGGGUUGACAGGUAAGAGGCCGGACCUGCGCCUCUAUCCGAUCGAAUUGGUAGUAAGGGACAGUCCCCCUCGUAUUCUCGAACUCGAAGUGUCUGAUCCGGAUGACCCCCGGGCUGCGGGGCAGCAUCUCCCUCACCCGAGCCGCAGCCUACCCCCUCUCAGGGACCGGCUACCCCCUCAGCCACGCCUGCGCGGCAGGCGUGCGACAGUACCCCAGGACGCCUGCCAGCCUCAUGAUAUAAUCAACGUUAGAGAUAAUAUGUUCAGGAAGAAGGUAGAGACCGAGCUGGACCCCGAGACCCUCAGGGAGCUGGAACUGGCCUUCAAACUGUACGAUGACCGCGGCAUUGGAUCCAUUUCGGGGGCUGAUCUCAAGUCGGUUAUGAGGGCCUUUGGAUUUCCUGUCAAGAAGGCUGCCGUUCGGGAUCUGCUCAAGCGGGCCAACCUCGAAUACGAGGACCCUAUCAGCUUGGCCAGCUUUAUCGCGGUGAUGGGGGAGGUCCUGCCGAAGCGGCAUUCCAAGGAGCACUACGAACGGAUAUUCAAGCUGUUUGACACUGAAAACCGUGGCAAAAUCUCACCGGAGAUGGUGGCCGAGGUGGCGGAAAGCGUAGGCGAGUACAUUUCGAAUGACCACCUGAACCUGAUCUUCGAGCGGGGCGACCUCGAUCACGACGGGGCUCUUAACUUCCAGGAGUUCACUGCGCUGGUGAACCCUCGCCGCGAAGAUGAAUAA